AUGGAAGAAUUUAAAAUCAGAAGGAAGCAACAAAUGAUUAGAUUUUUCAGCUCUACAGUAAUUACUCUUGUAUGUACGAAGUUAAUUUUACGAAGAUUACAACUUCCUAAAUAUGUGCCUUCUAUGUUCGAAUUGAAUUAUAUUAGACCACCUAUAACCACUGUAAAAAAGGAUUUAAUCAAUGCAGGGAUGUUAACUACAGGAAUGACAUUAGGUGUAUUCUCCAUGAUCUUCUUUGGAACUUGUUGGAACUGGAAUGUUUCUACUUUGGCUGAAUUAAAAGAUGCGUUGAAUAGCGGUACGACUGAUGAUAAACAAAAUAUAUAA